AAAAUGCCUCCAAGUAAAAAGACCAAACGUUCUUCAUCAGAGAACAAGGAAGAAGCCAAAAGCCGAUCGGCUGAUCUAUCAACAGACUCUGAUGAAAAGUUACAAUAUUUCUCACUGGCUGAAGGAAUUGUUUCCAUUCCGAAACUUUUAAGUAAGGCUGACUGUGAAGAACAGAUUAGAAAAAGUUACGAUUACACUUUCGAAGAAUCAGAAGUUGGAAAUUCCUCUCGAAAGAAGAAUGUUGGAAACAAGAAAGUUAGAAACAGUGAACAGGUUGAAUUAAAUGAUGAAGAGCUAUCCAAGAAAGUUUUUGUAAAGUGUGAGGAUGCAAUUAAGAAAAUGGUAGGAUGCUUGCAAACUCUAUACAAGAAGGGACAAUUUUUUAAUUCUCAUAUUGAUUCUGGAAGAAAUAUAGAGGGACAUCCAAGCUUUAUUACAGUUUUGAUUUAUUUGAAUGAUGACUUUGAGGGUGGAGAAACAGUUUUUGAGGAUGAAGACGUUACCAUUGAGCCAGAGUUAGGAAAAUGUGUCUUGUUUCUUCAUCAAAUCAAACACACUGCUGAAGAAAUCACUAAAAACACCAAGUUUGUCAUCAAGUCUGCAGUGUUAUUCGAAGAGAAUGAAAAUUAUGAAAAACAACUAGCAGAAAAGUUUUUCUCUGGGGAAUCCAACAAGACCAAGUUAGAAGGUUCCGUCAUUGUUCAAGUAGGAGAUGAAGCUUUUAAUAUGAGUGUAGAAAAUAUUGGUAAUUUUACUGAUUCCAUGCUGUACACACUCAUAAAUACGGAAAUGGCAAGUGACGUUGAAAUCAAUAAGGAUGGUAUUCGUGUGUUUAAAUUUCCAUCCCAAGACCCCCACAUAUUCAAGAGAUUCAUCUUGCCAAUUUUCAAUCAAGCAGAUCAUUUAGAUUUUCCAUUCAAUUUUGAUCCUAGUGAAGAGGAAAAGAUUGAUAGUGAAUUCAAAUAUUGGGGUCUCUUGUCACCAUUUGAUAAGAAUUCCAUAUCGAAUGAAAUCAAAUAUUCAAACAAACAAGAACCAUGGAAGAGUGCAGAGCUAUCAUUGAUAUCGAAACCAUUGGAAUUUAAUUUGGAAAAACAGAAGAAUGAGUUAGAGGCAAAGCUUGCUAUUUUGAAAGCAAUUAAGGAGGUGAAAGAGAAGCUGAAAUUCGAUUUCUCUUACAAAAAGAAAUACAAAUCAACUUUUGAAAUGAUUUCCGCAGUGAAAGAGAAUCUUGAAAACAAGUACGAGGUUAUUAUUUUGAAUCAUUUUUAUGAUGAAAACUUUUUCCUUUUAGGGUCUGACAAGGAAUUAUUUGAAACUUGUCUUGCACUCUUUGGUGGUCCAGAGUUUGUUUCAGUAAGCAAUUUAAAGUUUGUAAUGGAAUCCAGAGAUAGCGAACAAAAUGCAUCCUCAGUAAUAAUAUCAGACCAAUCUGACAUUACUUCCAAAAGCAAAUAUGAUUUUGAAAUGCAUAACAUGGCAAGUAAUCUAAUUGAUGAGAAGAACAUUAAAGAUCCAAAUGAAUUAGAAGAAGAGUUGGAUUUGUGUGGUCUAAAAGUGAAAGGUAUUGACCUUACAACAAAGGCAAGUAAGGAGAAGUCCUGGGAAGGAGAAUACAAUGAUGAAUACUAUCCAAGUUAUUCCCUUUUCAAAUUAACAGGAAUUUUGAUUAAUGUAAAACGCUUGCAAGAAUAAACAAAAACAUGAUUCACAGC